UUCGUGACUUUUUUCCACAAGAUCACUUUUAAAUUUUGAUUACAGUAUUACUAGCACUUUUCCGAAAAUAGUCUUCUAUAAUUCAAUCGCCUUCUGCCCCUACGUUCUUGUGAACUUCUAGAAUCUAGUGCUUUGCAGUGGUCGAUUAGCUGAGAAUGCACCUGUACAGAGAAAAGCAUUGCCGAUAUCAACCCGUGCGUCAGUGGAACUCUGUGGAUGUGCUGACGGAGAGCGGACUGUUCCAGCACGGUGAAGUGAUCAACGUGGCGGAGAACGGGCUGAUCGUGGAUUUCCACUGCAGCGGACAGCGCUCGCUCUUCGUCAGCUACGAUAAGAUCUUCGACGCUGCCAGCUCCCCGUUUUCCGAGGUAUACGAAAACUGGCAUCAUGAACUGCAGUGGAAUCCCGCGCUGACGGAGAAUGCCAGCGUGCAGGUGUUGUGUCGCCCGCACCCGGGCGCUGCGUGGCUAUGGUACCCUGCGCGUCUCCUGCAUCGCGCCUUCUUCUUCCCCUUCGACGACAUCGGGCUGGUGUGGGCCGCCGUCGACGUGGGCGGUCGGCAGCUGACGGAACUGUUCACCGCUGAUCAGGUGCGCUGCCCCCCAGCCGUACCACUGGAGACCCCAGGACCAGGGGCACUGCCGCCUGGCUGCUUUGCAGUGCGCGAAUGCCAUCUUCCAGUUGAUUUCUUGUCUCUCACCACGUUUCCGUCCUCCGACCGUUUCCUUCAACUGCUGGAGACGCGAAAAAGGGCCAUCCGGGUGCUGGCCAUACGUGGUGAUUCACUGCAGUAUCUGCAGCGAACUGAAGCUAAACCGAUGAGCGACGGAGAAGUGCAAAAGGUGUACAAGUCGAGCACGGAACCAUCCUCCGAGCGGCAGAACUCUGAUGAAGAUGAUACUCCUGAACCACAGUUGCCAACUGUUGUGGAAUCGAGCCGCAAGCGCAAACACCCCGACGACGAUGCCCAACCGGAAGUGGAAUGGGUGCUGCCAACCGCCCCGCAUCUCUUGCGCGAGAUCUUCGACUCACUGGACAGCGUCAGUCUGCUGAAACUGCGUCGCGUGUGCCCGCUGUGGAACACCGUGCUGACCGGCGCCGACAGCGCGAAAACGGUCCGUGUUUCCUUCCGAAAGAACCCGUUUUCCACACAGGAAAAGGGACGUUUCUUCCAGCUGUUUGGCGCCGUCGGCGGCCUGCUGAAAUGCUCCACGGCCACCACGGAACGGAUCAUCAUCGAGCAUCCGGUGGCGGAACAUGUGGAGGGUGUACUGGGGGUGCUGAAGUACGCGCUGAAAAACCUCCGACUGAAACAGUUGAUAUUCCAUCAUGUGGAGAUGGACUGGGAUGAUAGUUUUGAGCACGACUACACAAGCAGCGGUGUCGUUGCUUUCGAGGUGUCCGAUGGGGGGAAGACGUUCAUCCGGCGCCUGGCCAAGACGCUGCGGAAUUGGGCGCCGUACUGCGAUGAGUUGCGACUGCGCCGUUGUGAGUUCACGUGUAUCGAAGGGAAAAUGACCGCAGUUAUUCCACAUGCGACGAUCACAUUGGAUGCCGCGGACAUUGAGGCGCAACUGUGGAAUCUGUAUGAGGCGCAUUUGUCCCGCGACGGAAUCAACCUCGAGGAGACCGCGGAGUGGAUACGCACCGGAUCGGAGGAGCUUCGCAUGAUGGUUGCGCAGUAUCUGGUGGACUGGCAGAGUUAUGAUCCGCGAUCAACAGUACAUUAUCGCGGUCACGAGUGGACAGUGGAUAACCUGCAGGAUCUGGAUGUGGCCAAGCUGACCACCAUCACGCUGCGUGCUUUGAAGGAACGCCUUCCGGAUGACAUGGAAGAAGCGAAAUAAUUGCAUUAAUGGAAAGUUUGUCAUAGGUUUCUGACAUAUGCAACCCGCUAUCGAAACCUGACCUCUCCAAGAGAUUUCUCGUUCUGUUACUGGACUGGGCCGCUGUUUUAUGAUAACUAUUUAGGGCCGAUAAUUUUUUUGCCUCUGAUGUUAUCAUGAGUUUCUCGCAUUUCUGAUAGGUAGUAGAUUGAUGUAAAAUACUUUCAGUUUUCCGAACUGUUUUUAAUCAAGGAUACUAAGUCUUCUUUAACAUAAACGCAUUUAUUCUAAGAACCUGAGAAACGGUUAUCGGGAGAAAAUAAUUUUCAAUGUUUGUUGCACGUACAUGAUAUCGGCGAACAAG